GCUGCCUUUCAGCACCAACAGCAACUUCAAGAAGCCUGUGGAAUACUCUCUCCACAUUGACUCUACUAUAACUACUUUAUCACCCAAGUGAAUUAUUGAAGGAUUUCAGGUGCCAGUCAAAAUGAAACUGAUCCUGCAGUCUUUCCUCUACGGCUGUCUGCUGGCCACCAUUGCACAGAGCGUGGCUGGAUUCAAACUUGAAAUGAGCCCAGAGCUCAAAAAGAGGUUGAGCAUAUGGAUGCAGAGCAGAUCGAGACGAGAUCUAAAAAGUUUUUCUGCAGAGAGGAUAUCAGAGUCUGUACAGUUUGUCAGACCAGAAGACGUCAGGGACACCCUGAUUCCUCAUUCCAGCACUGACAUCAGCGUCCGAACCAAGAGAUCAAAAAAUUCAGUGAACCAGGCCUGGAGACCGGGCUGCUCUCUGGGCACCUGCACGGUGCACGACCUGGCCCACCGUAUCCACCAGCUCAACAACAAGCUAAAGAUUGGUAGUGCACCCAUCGACAAGAUCAGCCCACAGGGCUACGGCCGGAGGCGUCGUUCCCUCCCUGAGCGCAGGACCACACUGAGGCUGGAAGGGGGCAGGCUGAGGCCAGUGUGGGGCAACGCAGACUCACAUGUUCACAAGCUGGAGGAGCUGCUCAGACGGACAUGAGCUGGACUUGUACGGGGGAGGAACAGGGGAGGAGAGCAGCAGCCGAGGCUUAGUGUCUCUGCCCUGUUCUAAAAGGCGCAAGUACUGAGCGAUAGCUGCAGUGCCUCUGGAAGCUGGACUCAGCAGAGGCAUCGGCGAUGCAGAGCGCCAAAACAACAGCUGGUCUACAGGCACUGGAUAGCACCGUGAAGAGAGAGAGGGAGAGAUGCUGAGGAUGGUGCCAUCUCUGCACAGCUGAGGGAGAGGAACAAGGUUAAUACAUCGGUACAGACUCAGAAAAGAGGCCACUGCGUAAAUACUGGGACUUAUACACCUCUUCUGCAAAUCCUGGACUUUGAGUUUUACUCUGUGGAUUACAGGAGCCAAUUUCACCAAACCCACUAUACUCAUCUGCACUUUUCAGUCCCAGCCUUCUCAGUCAGACAUCCAUGUGGACCUAAAAGACAUCUAAAGACAUCUGGUCCAUGCCAUACAGGGAGAUAAGACAUAUGGAGAUGGACUUAUAAUAAGGAGCUAUGAAGCUGAAGUUUUUGGACACUGUAUGAGGGAAAUACCUUAGAGAUUGUAUGAAAUAUCUGUGCCAGUCCACAAUGGAUUGAACUAUACUUGAAUAUGUUUUGUAUAAACACAUGUGCAAUCUAUGUAUGUAUAUUUUUAUUUGCCAGUUUGUAUAUAAGAUAUUUCAGAUAUCAUUAUUUAAAUAUUAUAUAGGUUAGAUUCAACUACUUAUGGAGACUACCUAUUUUCGUACAGGAAGAAAAUAUAAGGGCAUUGUAGCUAUUUGUUGUUCCACUAUUGUUUGCAUCAUGGAUGUUAUAUGUUUCAAACUGUGGUAAUAGGAUAAAUGGUUUUAUAGCUAUGGUAUAAUAUAUUUGUAAAUGUGGUCUAUUUUAUUUGUGUUGAAGCAAUUAACAUUGUCAUACAAUAAACAUUUUGCAUAUAAAACUUGA